AUGGCGCCAAGUUACCAGGAAGAGCUUGAGAAUGCACACAACGAAAUUGCACGUUUAUUAACGGUUUGGGGUGCGGCAGUGACGACGGUGACUGUGCUCCAAGACCGAGCCGACCGACUUAGGGAUACUGUUCCCAGCAAUGAUAAUAUUCGACGAGCAAUGUUUAAGAAUGAUCACGAAACGAUGUCGUCGAAGUUUACCGUGGGAUGGAACAGUCCGUUGAUGACAAAUUUGAAGUCCAGCCUCAUGAGAGAUGGCGGAGACCGGAUCCUUAACUUGACUGGUUUCACCGAUUCGGGGAAGACCACCUUGGCCCGGCAGCUCUGUCAUGAUAUCGAUGUCCGAGGUUGGUUUAGCGACAAUAUCCAUUUUGUGCCCGAAUGUUCAAAGAUUGAAAGCGAUGGAGACCUGGCUAAGCAAAUGGAACGCGAGUGGAGUAAUGAGAUGUCAUCAAAUACUAAAUCCAAGAUUUUGGUAAUUUCAAAAGAUACUCUCCAAGGUUUGGGCAUCCCAGUGCAGAUGACGCCAUUGCGUGAAGAAGAUGCCAUCGCUCUUUUACGUCAUUUUGUUCAACCAAGUGGCACGACCUCCUACACUUUCCUCCCUGACAAUGACACUCUCCUACGGGUCGUACAAGUCUGUGGAUGUUAUCCGAUGGCCAUCAAAAUAAUUGGCCGGGAUCUCCAGGGCCAGCCCAUUGAGUUCUGGCAGAAGAAGUUGAAACAAUGGUCGAAGAAAGGUCAUACUGAUACAGAGUUGCUUGCUCAUCUCCGUCGUUCCUUGAGUAUAGAACUUUACCAAGAAGUCGAGGAUGACAUAGAUGCCAUGAUCCACAUCCACUAUUUGACCAACAUGAAUUUGGCUGAAGUGGUUCGAAGGCGAAUUGGAAGUGAUGAAGACAAUUACUACAAGAAUCACUUCUUAACCCAGCAUAGUAUUCUGAAAGAGCUGGCUAAUAAAUAUUCAAUCGAGCAGGGGGAAGCAUUCGAGAGGAAAAGACUAAUUGUUGAAAUAAGUGGGAAUGAACCUCCAGAACGGUGGCAACAGAAACAGCCGCAGUGA